AUGGCAGUUUCUGUUGGCGAAAUUUGCGAGAAUACAAAGCUGGCACGGGAAAUGGCUCUGAUGGGAAACUACGAAUCAGCACUUGUGUACUACGAGGGAACCGUCCAGAUGAUACACAGACUUCUGGUAACCAUAGCAGAUCCUACGCGCAAGUCUAAGUGGCAAUUGGUACAAAAACAGAUGGCGCGUGAGUACGAGCAGCUCAAGGCGACGGUGGCGACCCUGCAGAUGUUCCAGCACGAGGGGGAGAAGGCCAUCACACCUCUCACCACCAACUACGAGGACCUGCCUACCCGUGACCAGAUGUGGGGCCCGGCACCCCACGAGAUCGACCCGGACAUUUGGCCACCGCCUCCCGACAGGGACCCCAACGCCUGGCCACCACCCACCAGCGUCGAGCACAAGGGCCCACCCGCCACGAAGUCCGCCCGCAACAACGCCCGCAACCACCGCGACAACAAGAAGCCCACCACGGCGCAGCGGAACGCCACAACCUCGCAACGGAAGACGUCAGACGUGAAGAACCCCAAAGUGAACUCGUCCAAAGCGCACAGCGCGAAGGCGAAAGACGCUGCCAAGGAGCAGGGCGGCGGCAAGGACAAGCAAGACAGGGACAACAACAACGGCGACACGGACGACGAGCGGCACAAGGAGGAGGAGCGCAGGUUCGAGCCCCCGUCGGCGGCCGACGGGGACCUGGUCGACAUGCUCGAGAGGGACAUAGUACAAAAGAAUCCAAACAUAAGGUGGGACGAUAUCGCGGACCUUGCGGAAGCGAAGCGGUUGUUGGAGGAAGCGGUCGUCUUGCCAAUGUGGAUGCCGGAUUUCUUCAAGGGCAUCCGGCGGCCGUGGAAGGGCGUGCUGAUGGUGGGCCCGCCCGGCACCGGCAAGACGAUGCUCGCGAAGGCGGUGGCCACCGAGUGCGGGACCACCUUCUUCAACGUCUCCUCCUCCACCCUCACGUCCAAGUACCGCGGCGAGUCGGAGAAGCUGGUGCGGCUGCUCUUCGAAAUGGCGCGGUUCUACGCGCCGAGCACGAUCUUCAUCGACGAGAUAGACUCGCUGUGCUCGCGGCGCGGAUCUGACAGCGAGCACGAGGCGUCGCGCCGCGUCAAGUCGGAGCUGCUGGUGCAGAUGGACGGCCUCGGCUCAGCUACCGACGAGCCCGCGAAGGUUGUGAUGGUGUUAGCCGCGACAAAUUUCCCUUGGGACAUAGACGAGGCGCUUCGUCGGCGCCUCGAGAAGCGGAUCUACAUACCUCUGCCCACGCAAGAGGGAAGAGAGGCGCUCCUCCAGAUCAAUCUCAGAGAGGUGAAGGUUGACCCCGAAGUGGAUCUUCGAGCGAUUGCCAAAAAGCUCGAGGGGUACUCGGGGGCUGACAUUACUAACGUUUGCCGCGACGCGUCCAUGAUGUCGAUGCGACGUAAAAUAGCGGGAUUGAAGCCAGAGCAGAUUAAGCAGCUUGCCAAGGAAGAGUUGGAUUUGCCGGUCACCAGACAGGAUUUCAUGGAAGCGCUAGCCAAGUGCAAUAAAUCCGUAUCAAAGGGCGACAUACAGAAAUAUCUUACGUGGAUGGAUGAGUUUGGCUCCUCU